CAAAAUCUAAAUGCAUCUGAUAGAUUUUCUAUGACAAGAGAUGCAGAAGCAGUUCAGCUGUUAUUGGUUGGGUCAUCUCCGAAUUACAGAAAUGCUCUUUUUGAUCAACUGAUGCAAGAUCAAAGAGAUAAAUCCUUUUAUGCCGCUUUGCAGCACAACUAUGGCCAACUUCCCUGUGAGAAUGGCCAUGAUGUUGGGGAAGCUCGAGUGAAGCAUAGGGUUCCAGAGAGGAGGUCAACCUCCAUAUCUCAGCAAGAACAAAAAUCAGAUAAAAAUUCUAAUGAAGCGAGAAACGCAAAAACUGUUCCACCAACAACAGCUAAACCUAGUUCAUUACCGGCACAAGCUCCUCCUUCAGCAGAACCAGCAAAACCAGUGACCGAUGCUUCUCAUGGAAAAAACAAGUUCUUCCUUGCAAGGUGGUUCGGUUUUGGAUCAAAGUGAAGACUAAUAAAUUGGAUUAGGUUAUCUAUUGUAAAUUUCAUGUGGAAAUCUUAAAUUAUGAUGAGCGGAAACCUAAAGCUGUGAUGAUUCAACAUACAAAUUCUAUUAUUGUUUUUAUGUCAGAUAAUAAUACGAAUAGGUGGGUGUAGGAACAUUAUCUCAUGCUAUAACAUAAUCUAUCAUCUAUAUUUGCA